AAAUAAUAAUAAUAAUAAUAAUAAUUGGGUGAAAAAAAAGGGGUGUAGUUUACCUAAUACAUAUACUCUCCCAAUUCGAAAGAAAGAACGGAGUUCAUAGAUAAAGUUUUUAGAUGUAAUUAGAUGGAGAAUGCAGUAACCCUGAAUUUAGACUGCAAAAUUACAUUGAGAUGGCGAUCCUCAAUUAAUAGUGACAACAAGAGAUCGAUUCUCAUCCAAACCCACUUCCCAAAACCAACCAGGCAUUGUUGCUGUCUAUCCUCUCUUCGCUCAUCACCGUCAACGCCGCGGCGGCCGCCGGAUGAUGGUUGCUCUUCCAAAACCCAUACCACGCUUCUUGUUGAGACUUACCAUCACCACCGGAGGCUCAGGGCUUUAAUUGAAAAGCUGGAGAAGGAGGGCUCUUGCCCUAUGCAAAUACUUGGAGAUGAUGGAGAUUGGACCAAAAAUGAUUUCUGGGCUGCAGUUAAAUUUCUCAGGCAUGCCUUCAGAUCCAAUGAAAUCCUCCAGGUUUUUCGUAUGUGGAAGAACAUAGAGAAAUCAAGAAUCAAUGAAUUGAACUAUGAAAAGAUCAUAGGAUUGUUAUGUGAAGAAAGAAUGGUGGAAGAAGCGGUCGAGGCACUACAAGAAAUGGAGAGUUACAGUCUUCAACCUUCUUUAGAGAUUUACAACUCAAUAAUUCAUGCUUAUGCCAAGAAUGGAAAGUUCAAUGAUGCUUCGUUCUUUCUCAAUGAGAUGAAGGAAAUCGGUUUGGAACCCGAAACAGACACAUACGAUGGGCUAAUCGAAGCGUAUGGUAAAUAUAAACGUUAUGAUGAUAUUAGUGUGUGCUUGAAGACAAUGGAAUUGGAUGGGUGCUUGCCUGACCAUUUUACCUACAAUUUGCUUAUCCGUGAGUUUUCUCGUGGUGGGUUGCUCCAAAAAAUGGAACGAGUUUAUCGAUUCAUGAUCUCAAAAAAGAUGAAUUUGCAGUCUUCUUCUUUGGUCGCAAUGCUUGAAGCGUAUGCAAACUUUGGGAUUCUAGAUAAGAUGGAGAAGGUUUAUCGAAAGGUUGUGAACUCAAGUUCUCUUAAGGAGGAUACUGUUAGGAAAUUAGCCAAUGUUUAUAUCAAGAGCUACAUGUUUUCGAGGUUAGAUGAUCUGGGUAUUGAUCUUUCUUCACGAACUGGUAGAAACAAUCUCGUUUGGUGUUUGCGCCUCCUUUCUCAUGCUUGUCUUUUGAGCCGAAAAGGGAUGGAUUCCGUAAUCCAAGAGAUGGAUGAAGCAAAAGCUUUAUGGAAUGUAACAAUAGUGAAUAUUAUCUUGCUAGCUUAUUUGAAGAUGAAAGAUUUCACUCAUUUGAGAAAUUUACUUUCUCAAUUACCAAGCCGUCAAGUGAGACCUGAUUUAACCACUGUGGGGAUUUUAUUCGAUGCUAUUGAGAUCGGAUUUGAUGGGGCCAAAACGUUAGAGACAUGGAGAAAGAUGGUUCUUUACAGAGCCGUAGAAUUGAACACCGAUCCGCUGGUUCUCACUGCAUUCGGAAAGGGACAUUUUCUUAGAGAUUGCGAAGAGGCAUAUAUCUCCCUUGAACCUAAAGCCAGUGACAGGAAAACAUGGACAUAUCACCAACUUAUCGAUUUAGUAAUUAAACACAAAGCAAAGCAGUCGUAGAGCAAAAUUGUCCAAUGAAGUCCGGUAUAAGGUUCAAUUCAGCCACCUUGAGACAGAUGUUAGUGUUCCUUAUCGGAUUUAGUUUUACUCUACCGGUAUUUCAUCAUUUGUAUUGUGCUUAAGCUGUCAUUACUGGUAUUAGCAUGCCUCCUUGUUGAGCAAUGCUAAUUACUGAUAGGCUUCCGGUUCCCCGUUUUUUAUGCAUGGUUACGAUGGUAGAAUGGAUUACAGUGUAGGAACAGUAGUGAAAUUAACCUUAACAGAGCGAAAUAGGCUUCUGGCUCGUGAUUGAACCUGCCCAACAGGCUGGUUUGAGUCGGAUUUUUUGGUCCAUUCUUGCGACAGCAUAAGAACAGUAGGCAUUGGCAUGCAAAAGAAGCAAAAAUAAAACGAGGCAUACCAUAGGCAAAUGCCAUGUUCAUAUUAAACAUCUUUAAACCGCAAUAAUGUCAUUAUAUUAUAUAACCUUAAAUUCAGUACACAAACACACAUCCACUCUCUCCUGAUUCAAUUAAAAACAAAACCAAAAAAAAUAUACCGUCAAAAUAUAUUCCUAAUUGAAUACACUGUCAUCAAUACCUUCCUUUCCCUAUAAUUCUAAACCAAAAAAAUAUAACUCAAACUGACCUCAUCUGCUGCAUCCCUUAUUUGCCAUCCUUAAAAACUUAUUUUUUUCAAAUAUCGUCAUGGGGCUCGUCGU